AAUAUUUAAAUUUAUAUAUUUUAGCUUUAGAUGGAUGGACAAGUUUAACAGGAAAAUCUUUAUGGAAUUUUGUUAUUUAUUUAGAUGAUGGUAAAGAUAUUCUUUGGAAAAUUCAAGAUUAUUCAAAUGCAAGUGGUGGAUUAAAAACUUAUAUUGAUACAAGAUGGACAACAGUUUAUGAAAUGUUAAAAUCAGUCUAUCAACUAGAAAUAUGCUUAAAAGAGUCUAUUAAAGCAAUUAUUUAUACCAAAAAAGGAUUUUUUAAUGAUGUUUAUAAUUUAGCUAAAAUUUUCAAACCUAUUAAAGAUGCUAUUAUCAAAUUAGAAAAUAGAAAUGCAACAUUAGCUGAUUGUUAUUUUGCAUUAAUAGAUGAUGAUGAAGGAACUAUAUGGGAAAAUUUAAAUUUAUUAGAAAUAAUUGAUUUAGAAAAUAAUAUUUUUAAAGAUGAUGAUGAUGAACAAUUUAUGGAAAUUUCAGAUAAUGAAAAUGAAUUAGAUAAUUUUAUUCAAGAUUUAGAAAGUGAAAAAGAUUAUAAUCCAAGUGAAUUAGCACAAAAAUAUUUUGAAGAUAUUGAUGAUAUUUAUUAUUAUUAA